AAUGAGAGGGGAAGUAACGCUUGUGUAAAAUUAGGUCAAAUAACACGAACACGUUACGAACAAUGUCUGGAGUAAAGUUGGUAUAUUUCAAUGGACGAGGAAAGGCGGAGUUAAUCCGAUUGGCACUGACUUAUGUUGGAAUAGAGUUUGAAGAAGUUUAUCUAAAAGAAAAAUCUGAGAUCGAGAAGUUGAGAUCAGAUGGUGAUUUGUUAUUUCAACAAGUUCCAUUGUUAGAAAUUGAUGGCAAACGUAUCGUUCAAUCUGGUGCUAUUUUACGAUAUUUAGCGAGACGUGGUGGUAUCUAUGGUAACAAUAAUGACGAGUCAACCAGGAUAGAUGAAUUAUUCGAGGGAACAAGAGAUUUUUGUGGACCUCUCUUAGGCAUGAUCUUUAGACCAGAAGAAGAUGUUUUAAAAGAAGCAAAAGAAAAACUAUUACCUAGAUAUUUGCCUGUUUUUAAUAAGGUUCUGGAAGAGACCGGAAGUGGUUAUCUUGUUGGUAAAAGUUUGACCCUAGCUGACCUUGGUUUAAUAGAGCCGCUACUCAUACUUGUUGAAUAUCUGGGUGAUCAAGUCUUAACUGGAUAUCCACAACUACAGUCGUUUUAUAAAAAUAUUACUUCAGAUGAAAAGAUAGCAUCAUUCCUGGUCGGACCACACAGAAAACCUAAAAAUGAUCAGGCCUACGUGGAUACAGUUAGAAGAGUUUUAAAUUGGUAGUAAAUUGAACAAUGUACAAUCGACAUUUUAUAAUGAUAUUAGAAUUUUAAAAUGUAUCUAAACACAAUAUAUAUAUAUAUGUAUUCCAAUUAAACACAUUUUUCCAGACAAGUAAAUAAAUUAACACCUAAAUCCAGAA